UACAGGGCUGGGGUUUGCUGCUGAAAAGCCCAGUGGAUCAGCUACUGACCUGCUGUUCUUUUUUCUCUCCUCCUCCCUCUUUCUCUCUCUCUCCACCUCUCUCUACCAUUCGUUCUCUUUUCCUAUAUCUUUAGAUUUUUCUACAGCUCCCCUCUCGCUUGGCUUUUUUGGCAGUGUUUCAAAGAGAGAGGACGAACGAGAGAAGACAGAAGAGAGGGAAGCGAAGAGGAGUGUGUUUCUGUUCCUGGAUGUGUGUGUGAGCGCAGGAGGGGGGUGGGGAGGAGGAGGAGGAGGAGGAGGGAGUAGAGUAGACGGCUGGCCCUCCGUGUUUAUGUUUUCCUGGCUGGCUUGGCGGGGGAGGGGGGGCUCGAGGAGCCAGGCAGAGUAGCAGUGAUGGAGGAGAGACGAAAGAGCGAGCGCGCUUCAAAACGACACCGAGAGAACGAGAAGGAUCUGCACGCGGAGACCGCGCGUCGUGUGGCGUUCUACUCCAGUCGCGCGUGAGAGAAAGAGAGCGUGCCAUAACCGUCCGCUUGGCGAAAAGGGAAUCUAUGAUAUAUUUUUUGGACUAUUAGAGCUCCCGCCAUUCCCGCGAAGAAGAAGGGAUCAUAAAGAGCAGCAGAGGGAGGAAGAGGGAAGGAGAGAGACGCACUGAAGUUCGGGAAGGAAGAGGGAGGUGGUGACACGCGCUGCGAAAUCUGUUUCAGUGAGAGAGAAGCAGAGAAGAACGACAGAAAGAGAGAGAGAGAGCAACAGAAAGAGAGGGAGAGGGGAGGAGGAGUGGGCCGUGGUGUUUUGAGGGACUGCGGCCUGGACGACAGCAGGACUAGGGGGAGAGAGAGGACCACCCUUCCCGCCCCUUGUUCCCUUCUCGGCGAGGAGAGGCCAGCUGGGCACCAUGUACCCCCACGGCAGACCGCAGGCCCCCUUGUUGCCGGGGCAACACACCAAGUUCACGGUGCUGGAGACGCUGGACCGCAUCAAGGAGGAGUUCCAACUGUUCCAGGCCCAGUACCACAGUCUGAAGAUGGAGUAUGAGAAGCUGGCCAGCGAGAAGACGGAGAUGCAGAGACACUCCAUCAUGUAUUACGAGAUGUCAUACGGACUCAACAUAGAGAUGCAGAAACAGGCGGAGAUAGUGAAGCGGCUCACAGCUAUUUGCACUCAGAUCAUCCCCUUCCUCUCUCAGGAGCACCAGCAUCAGGUGGCCCAGGCAGUGGAGCGCUCGAAGCACGUCAGCAUGGCAGAACUCAACGCCAUUAUUGGGCAGCAGCAGCUCCAGCAUCUUUCCCAUCAUGCAUCUGGGUUCCCUCUGAUGCCCCACCCCUCGGGGCUCUCCCUGGGGCCGGGGGCGGGGCUUGGAGCCCUCCCCGCUGCGCUCGGAUUCGCCGGCCCCCUGGUGGCCAAAGAUGACCACGCACACAGCCACCCCGACGAACUCAGAGAUGGAACCUCAAGUCGGAGUAAGUCUGCGUCUCCGCUGCACGAGCUUGACGACCGGCAGCUGGCGUCUCUAGCGGCACAGAGGGAGGCGGCCGCUCGUAGCCGUGGCGACGACAGAACACUCGGCCCUGCCCACAGUGAUGAUGAGGGCGACAGAAGCGAAGUGGACGUUGGCAUGAGCACAGAGGGUCCCAGGCCCCGGCCGUCCGGUCCCGCGUCGCCUCCUGACGGUAACGGUAACGGUUUGGGGGGCUCAAUGUCCCCCAGGAGGGGGCGCCAGAGAGGCAGCAGCCCGUCCACCUCCAGCCAAUCACAAUCCCCCACCGCCGCCAACAACAGCCACCUGACACAGGUCGGAGCUAGGUCCCCCUCCCCCUCCUGUCGACUGACUCCGGGCUCCCCUCUUCAUCCUCCUCCUCCUCCUCCUCAUUCUCUUCCUCCUUCCCGCUCCACACGCACACCGCCACCCACCUCCAUUUAGAUGUCUGCGGAGGACAGGGGGUAGAAGCUGCUUGUCCAUCGGCCACCUCUCUUCUUUCCUUCCUGUGUGUGUGUGUGUGUGUGUGUGUGUGUGUGUGUGUGUGUGUGUGUGUGUGUGUGUGUGUGUGUGUGUGUGUGUGUGUGUGUGUGUGUGUGUGUGUGUGUCUGUGUGUAUGCGUGUGUGUGCGUGCAAGGGGAGGAGCUGUGGUGCCUUUCUGCUGUGUGCACACUCUACAACAACUUUCACUACAAACACACACACACGCACACACGCGGCGCGCACACUAAAUGUACAGCUGGGGCAUAUAGACAAGGACAUGGACGCAAACACACACACACACACACACACACACACACACACACACACACACACACACACACACACACACACACACACACACACACACACACACAAAGGCAUCAGAGUGUUCCUGUGGAUGCCGGUUGCAAAGAUGUCGCCAAAGUCAUUUUUUCCAUCAUGUCCUGGCUCCCAUGGUCUCCACCCUCCCCUGAGAACUCCUGCCCUAAUGGGCCAAUCAGGUCACAGACCCCCUCACUGAUGGACCAAUCACCAAUCACACCUCCCCCGCCAUGCCCUCUCUGGUUCUUUGUCUACAAACAUUCGUGUAGUGAGGAGGGGCAAGAUGAUAAGCAGCCAACCACGUGAGCUCCUUUUUUGAGUGACAGCAGUUUCCAACAAUCAGAGGUUGAAGAGUGCGCUGUCAGGGGCGUGCAGCCAGGGAUUGUUUGCAAAUGGUAAACUCAUGAGUAAACACACAAGUCCCGCCCGCCGCCCUGCCCCUCUCUCUGACUAUUGGAUAACCCAUCACAAGUCCCGCCCUGCCCCUCUCUGGCUAUUGGAUAACCCUUCACAAGUCCCGCCCUGCCCCUCUCUGGCUAUUGGAUAACCCUUCACAAGUCCCGCCCUGCCCCUCUCUGGCUAUUGGAUAACCCUUCACAAGUCCCGCCCUGCCCCUCUCUGGCUAUUGGAUAACCCUUCCCUUCACAAGUCCCUCCCUGCUCCCUGCCCCUCUCUGGCUAUUGGAUAACCCUUCACCAAUCAGUAUAAAGACCACUGUGUAAGGACCAAUCAGUAAUGUAGAGCACUGUGUGAGGACAAAACUGUCUCUGAGACGGCCCCCUGUGUCAAAUGAGACUGCCCCCUGUCACCUGAGACUGCCCCCUGUGUGACCUCAGACUGCCCCCUU